AUGGCGUCGGCGGCGCGCCACCCUUGCUUCGGCGGCCUCCUCCCGGAGCGGCUCGGCUGCGUGCAGUGCAACUUCUGCGCCACCAUCCUGCUGGUGGGCGUGCCGUGCUGCGGCGGCGGCCUGCAGCUGAAGACGGUGGCCGUGCAGUGCGGCAGCUGCGGCGGCAUCCUCUCCGUCACGUUGCCACCGUCGCCUCCGGCGGCGUCCGUCGAGCUACCACUGCAGCAGGAGUCGGGCGUUGAUCCGCCGCCAAGGCACUCGGACGAGAGCAGUGGAGAGGACAGGGAGACGGCGGCCGCGGUUGCAGAGAACCAUGCGUUCCCUGCGGUUAUCAAACCUCCAGAGAGGAAACAGCGGACGCCGUCGGCCUACAACUGCUUCAUCAAGGAGGAGAUAAGGAGGAUCAAGGCGACAGACCCUAACAUCACCCACAAGGAGGCCUUCAGCGCUGCUUCUAAAAACUGGGCUCACUUACCAAGAAUCCAGCAGAAGGAAAACUGA